GCCCGACCUUCUUUUCUCUCUCUUUCACUUCAAUCUUACUCUGUUCUUCUCUCCUCUCACUUCCUCCCUCUCUCUCUCUCAUUGUCAUAUCUUUAUCUUUGUAGCUGCAUUAAAUAGUUUCCACAUCAAACUCAUAAUCAUCACGCCUGCCCUCUUUCACCUCACUCUUCCAUACCUUCCUCUCUUUUCUUUUUCUCCACACUUGCUCUAAAGCACCCAUCUCUUUCCUUCUUCGCUCUUUUGUCUCUCAAAUGUCCAUUAACCACUUCCAGUAAUUCAAACAAAACAAUCCAACGACAAAACAAACUCCUUCUAUGGAACCAACCCAAACCCCCCCUUCUUCAAAGCUUCACAACCCUUCCUCAAUUUCCCUUGAAAACUCCCCCUGGACCUCUCACUUCUACCCCUCCAUGUUCCUAUCCUCCAUCCACGCUCCCCGCCACUUCAACCUUAACCAUGACGACGACGAAGAACUCGACGACCAAACCUCCACUCUCAACACCCUAAACCCUAAACCAAAUCCCCCUGAAAACCACCAGCUAGGCCAUGAAACGGAACCCAUGUUUGAAAAGCCCUUAACCCCCAGCGAUGUUGGCAAGCUGAACAGGCUUGUUAUCCCCAAACAACAUGCCGAGAAAUACUUCCCGCUAGGCGGUGACUCCAGUGAUAAAGGGUUGUUGCUAAGUUUCGAAGACGAGUCAGGCAAGUGUUGGCGUUUCCGCUACUCGUAUUGGAACAGCAGCCAAAGCUACGUGUUAACAAAAGGAUGGAGCAGAUACGUCAAAGAGAAGCAACUUGAUGCUGGUGACAUUAUUUUAUUCCAACGACACCGCACGGAUGGUGAUAGAUUGUUUAUAGGGUGGAGGAGGCGCGGUGCAGCAGUGGUGGUUGCACCGGCAGCUACUGAUGGGGGAAACGCCAUGAUGGAGAAUGAUAGCGGUGGUGGUGGGGGUGGAAAUGGAGGGUGGAAUAAUAGGGGAUUGUAUCAAAGGUAUCCUCAUCUUGGACACAUUCAAGGUGAUCUUGAGGCUAAUGUGCCAUACCAACCUGACUGUCUUCAUGCUGGAAGCAUUGUUCAAAACCAAGCUACAGCAGCGGGGAACCCAAAGAGGCUGGUGCGGCUAUUUGGAGUGAACCUAGAAUGCCACCAGCUAGACGAGUCUCCACCAUCCACGCCUGCUAGCUCGAUGGUGUCGAGCCAGGGUCCAACAGCCCACCAAUUUUAUUAGUUCUCCCUCCUACACUUGAAACUACAUGGUCAGGAAUGGAUAUCGUCCCGAGACAUGAGGCGGAUGAAAAAGAUGAGGGAGGGAUAAGAUCUGAAGAUGUGACAUCCAGGAAUUGACUUUGAAUAUUGAAACCCCACUUGGAAGGUCGAAAUUAGAGAACGUUUAUGUGAGAAAAUAAAAGCAAAAAAAUAUACUAUAUAUAUUUCUUCUUAAUUUUAUUUUUCUUCAAAGUGGACGAAGCUUAAUAUAUCUAUAUCUAUAUAUGUCAAGAAUUAGGCAAUUUUCCAUUUCCAAGGCAGGGAAAGUGAGAGAAGGUGGGCAAAUUGAAUGAUGGAAUUGAGAGUUGGGAGUAAGAAGGGUGGGUGGUGUGGUAAGCAAGUGCCAAAUGGGGAAGAUGGGCAGUUUCCACAUCUUAUUUGAGGGACUGUUGAGAUUCAGCAUCUUUAUUUAUUUAUUUAUCAAAAGGCUAUGCAUAAUAAUGGAAGGGUAUGGUGCCAUGGUGAUGGUGGGUGGAGGUCCUUGAUUAGAUGGAUGACAGCCCAGUGUUUUCAGCAACCCACUCUUCUCUCUCUUUGUGUAGCCAAAGCUGUUUUUGAUGCUCUCCUGUGUAAGUUGCAGAAAUCUGAAUAGAAAGCCUUAUAAAUAGAUAUCAUUUUCAUA